GCAAUAAUCACAGGCACGCAUGAAUGGAUUAGUAUGUCUCUGCCUCGUCGUAUCAACGGUACGCGUGGCCUAAAAGGAUUGCCCGUAUUCGCGACGGCGAUAAGACAGCAGAGACGCGGGCGAGCGCUAGACCGUUGCGUCAUUAGGGACACGGCCCGGCCACAGCCCCCCGGAAACCAGCCCAGGCCGCCCUACCAACCCGCCAAACGCACUAACCAGCCCUCGCUGAACUUGACGUCAGUUGACUUCCGCCCUUCACCACCACGCUCCAACAGCCGCGACCACCACCCAUGCGACGCAUCGCCAAAUGCCAUAGCCUCGCCCUCUGCCCGCGAUGCAGCCCUCCCCGCAGGAUCCUGGGCACGUGGAUUGGUAUCAAGAGGAGGAUCUCGAACUGAAUUCCUUUGACGGCAUGGACGACGGCGACGACGACGACAGCAACGAGGAGGAGGAGGAGACCGACGACGACGACUCCAGCGGCCUCCUGCUCGACGACCCGGAUCUGCCGCUGACCAUGACGCCCAGCGGCCAGCACACCACGCCCACGCCCCGAUGGCUCACCGGCCGCAGCCGCGGAUGGCUGCUGCCGUCGUCGUUCUCGCAAUCGCGCAUCUGGCAGUGGGCAACGUCGUCGCCGCUCGUCAAGGCGCUCGCGACCCGGCUGCGGACGCUCCUCCGGCCACGCCUCAGCUGGCGCUACAUCGCCUUCGCCGUCGUGUGCCUCUACAUCGCCUACUGCUUCCUCACCUGGCAGCCCUUCUUCUCGUCAGCGCUGCCGGCGUACACCGGCCCGCACGCUGUGGGCGCCAUCGACGUCGAGGUGCCGCUGCACAAGGCGGUGCGCAUCUCCGACACGCUGCUGCGGGACUCGCGCGGGCCGGCCUUCGAGGUCGAGACGGUGCUCUUCACCCUCUACUAUCCCACCGCGAAGGCCGCCCGCUCCAAGAAGGCCCGCCAUCCGUGGGUCCCGCGCCCGCUGAGCCUGACGGCCGAGGGAUACGCCCGCAUUGCCCACGUCGACAACUUCGUCGUCCGGCCCAUCUUCACCUUUGCGCUGUGGCUGCUCGUCGGUAGUGUCGGCAUCCCGGCAAAGGUCGACGUGCCGUUGCUCGGGGCCAACGGCGACGACGCCGAAGACGCCGACAAGUUCCCCGUCAUGAUCUUCUCCCACGGCAUGGCCAGCUCCCGGACAGACUACACGCACUUCCUCGGCCAGAUCGCCAGCCGCGGAUACGUCGUCGCCGCCAUCGAGCACCGGGACGGCAGCUGUCCCGGAUCCAUCGUCAAGAUCAAGAACAAGAAGGACCGGCGAGUCGUCCUCCUCCGCGAGAGCGAUCUCGAGGCCGACCCUCCCUUGACCACGGCCAAAUUAAAGGAAGAGCAGCUCGCCUUCCGUGAAGCCGAAAUCACCGGGACCAUCCGCGUGCUGCAGGGCAUCAACGAAGGUCGUGGCUUCGACGAUGUCUUCAAACUCAACUCGCGAUCUGAAGGCCACGCCCUCGCCGCCUGGGCCGAACGCCUCGACUUCAACCACCUCACCAUCAGCGGUCACUCGUACGGCGCAACCGGCGCGCUUCAGGCCCUCAAGACGGCCAACACAACGGGCAACCCCGCCAUUGGCGGCAUCAUCCUGGACCCGGGCAAGGAGAGCGGCCCGCUCAACGCCGAAAUCUCAGUGCCGAUCCUCGUCGUACACUCCUCGUCGUGGUCCAGCCAGCACAGCAUCUUCUUCGGCCGUCCGCACUUCGACACGGUGCGAGACCUCGUGCGCGGCGUCGCCGACCGCAUCGGUGCCUCGUGGUUCCUCACCAGUCUGGGCACCGCCCACCCGAGCAUCACCGACGCGCCGUUGCUGCAGCCGCUGCUGCUGGGCUGGGCCACGUCGACUACGAUGCCUGUGCGCGAGGCCUUGGAUGAGUACGUCAAGGUGUCGCUCGAUUUCUUCAACUACCUAGAGAGAGGCGAGGCGACGGGGGUGCUGCGAGAGGAGACGACACAUGAGAAAUACGGCAAGUGGGUGAAUGACGACAGGAAGAAGAGCUUCCCAGAGGACAUGGCAAAACACUGGGAGGUUCAUGUAAGUCCUCAACAUUCGAGGUGAUUAGUUAGCCGGCGUUUAGGAUUUCCUGUAUCAGUAUUAGAAUUGCAAUGUACAAUUCCUUUCUUCAA